CGCUACUAGCCUACUACAGGUCGGUGCGGAUCAAACACCUUGCAGUCGGUUCAGAGCCAUUGAGAAAAAGGGGGUCUCUCUCGGAUAUGGUGGAGUAGGCUACAUCGGGGCGACUUGGAAACCACCUGGUUUGGAAUAACCCGAUGGAAAUUGGAGGACGGAGACCUUGCGAAGUCUGUCUCGAGGAGGUUUUCAUGGAGCGUUGAUAAUAUUAUUAUGUGGUGGUGGCUUGCCUUAAUGAUGUUUACAUCUCCGACUUUCCCAUUCAUCGUGUUCGUGUGCAUGGGGUUAUCCGAGGCGGUCCAUUCCUACGAUGCGCUGCCUUUAGUAAUAAAGAAAUCUCGUUCAGUCGCUGAAGAUCAUCCAAACACGAGCGCGAGCGGGUUUCCAGGGGACCGGCUCGGUAUUGUCGCAUUAACACCAGCGCCCUCGAUCGCGUCCGCCAGAAAACCGAUAAAUGUCGCCGCACCAGCAGCCACCAUUAAACCACCAACAACGGAGCCCACCACCCCUUCUCUGUCUGACCCCAUCUACAUGGCCGCAUCUGCUCGGAGGAAGCUCAGCUCUGUUGAAACACGGAUGAAAGAAGCGCAGAUGUCUGAUAAUGAAGCGGACAGAUCAGACGUCGUGCCCGGUUUUAGCACAACCUCGGACAAUUCUCAAGAGCCGGUGUGUAACUGCAGUGGUGAAGGAGUGUCGGACCCUGACGAGUGUGACCGUGAGACGGGUCAGUGUGACUGUAUGCCGGGUUACAGCGGGCUGCAGUGUGAAGAGUGUGAGGAAGAUCACUUCACCAACGGCACCAUCGGCUGCCUGCCCUGCGCAUGUGACUCCUUCGGUGCCGACGGCUCCAGCUGUGACAGCUCAGGGCUGUGUAAGUGCAAGACAGGUGUAUACGGGCCCAAGUGUGACGACUGCCAUCCUGGAUUCUUCCACUUCAGCAGCACAGGAUGUCAACCGUGCCAAUGCAACAACCACUCUACCUACUGCCACCCUCAGUCAGGUGUUUGUUUGGACUGUCAGGAUAACACUCAGGGCCACAACUGUGAGGAGUGUAUGCCCAACUUUUACCGGCGUCAGGGUGAGGGGUCUGCGGACGCUUGUGUGCCUUGUCCCUGCUUCGCUGAGACCUCCAGCAGCAGCUGUCAUCUCGAUUCCAGUGGCCAGCCUGUAUGUGACGAAUGUAAGCCUGGCUUCUCCGGCCCAAGAUGCAGCGUGUGCAUGGACGGUUUAUUUAAAUCAGCAGGUGUGUGUGUGCCCUGCGAGUGUAAUGGGAACGCAGACCCUCGCUCCAUGGCACAAGUAUGCCACCCUGAGACAGGCCACUGCCACCGCUGCAUCAACCACACAGCGGGAGCACACUGUGAGAUCUGCGCUCGUGGGUACACAGGGAACGCCCGCUACCACAACUGCACCCUGAGAGCUGUGAGAAUCCUCCCGUCUCAAGACAUCAAGACCUCCACUACAGAAAACCCCAAAUCCACUAGUUCUGUUGCUUCUACACCUGCUUCCCACCUCCUCACUUCCUCCUCCUCCUCCUCCUCCUCUACCACCCAUCCAAGCCUACCGACCCUUCAGUCCGGCACGGGAGACUCCUCAGGACACAACAGCACGGCCUCUGCCCUGACAUUAGUGUCCUGGACGCAGUUUAACAUCAUCAUCCUCGCUGUCAUCAUCGUGGUGGUCGUUCUUCUCAUGGGCUUCGUGGGAGGUGUGUAUACGUAUCGGGAGUACCGCAACCGGAAACUCAACGCCCCAUUUUGGACCAUUGAGCUGAAGGAGGACAACAUCAGCUUCAGCAGCUACCACGACAGCAUCCCGCACGCUGACCCCAACGGACUAUUGGAGGAGGAGCCAUGUGUGGUCGCGGCCAAUGGGCAGUUAGCGCUCGCUACUGCCGCGAACAUGUACAAAGCAUGAAGUCGUCGGUUCGAUUGUAUCUUUUCUUAAAGGGAUAUUUCAGCCAAAAAUCGAUAUUCAGUCAUCAUUUUCUCACUCUCAUGUCAAACCUGACUUUCUUUUUUCAGUGGAACAUAAAGGAAGAAAUUUUGAAGUCAGUGUGGUCUGAAACAACACCGGAGCAAUUUCAAGAACUUUUUUAGUGCUACUCUGAGAAACAAAGUCAAACAGGUUUGGAAUGACAUGAGGGUGAGUGAAGUACCAAAAUUUCAUUUUCGGCUAAAUAUCCUGAUAAUUUUGAUUAUUAAAAGAAGGUAGGUUGGGAGCCAAAUUGAACUUCUUUAUUUGAUUCUACACACUAUUUAGCUCGCCAUUGCUUCCUAUGUGAUAUCCUCGUGCAAAACAUUUUCACGUACAAUGUUUCCUGUAACAUUUCAUUUCAAAGAGAAAUACAGGACAAGCCAUUAACAUGUUACUCCUUGCACACAAAAAUGAUAAAAUGUGAAUACAUUGCCUCUUAAAGGGAUAGUUCACCCCCAAAAAAAUAUUCUGUCAUUAA